GGAAAAUCCACGUGUACCUAAUUGCUUAGCUUUCAAACAAAAUUCAUUAUGAAGAGCUGGUUGGAGACCGCCAGUAGCAUGGAGGAUGGCUCGCUUUCCUGCAUGCUCGCAGAGCCGAGAGAAGCUUUACUACCAAUAACUGACAGAGAAAAUUUGGCACCUAGGAAAAGAGAUAGAAUACUGGAACCCUGCGCUCUAUCCGAAGAAGCCUACUUAUCAAGCGGUGCAGGAUCACCAUGCGCUGGUCUCUCCAGAGAAGAACGCCGACGUCGCCGACGAGCCACGCUAAAGUAUCGCACAGCUCAUGCCACCAGAGAAAGAAUACGAGUCGAAGCUUUCAACGCCGCCUUUGGAUCCCUGAGAAGACUGCUACCAACACUCCCUCCAGAUAAAAAGCUGUCAAAAAUCGAGAUUCUCCGUUUAGCUAUAUGCUAUAUAGCCUACCUGAAUCAUGUUUUAGACGCAUGA